GGGGGCAGCGUGUCGGCGCUAGCAAGACGGUGAGCGGUAGCGGUAGCGGUGACGGUGACGGUGACGGCGGCGGCUGUGGGCCCUGGGCCGCUGCGCGGAGGGGUCUCCUCCAGGGCGGCGGUCCUGGAGCUGCGCCUGGCGGAGCCGCGAUCCCUUCCAGACGCUGGGAAGCCCAUCUGGGCGUCUGGGGCCGGCCUUGGGGUGUGCGGAACCAGGAGUCGUCUCUUCAGGCGUUCUCUCCCACGCAAGUAUGCGCGAGGGCGUGGUCACUGGAGCCUGGGAAUGCAGGUUAUUUCAGUCUCUUGCCAGUGACUUCUGAUGUCCCAGCAAAUGACUUUGGGUACUUUGGUGUUCAGAAGAUACUCCUGAGGACCCAGCAGUGAUAAAGCUAAAGCAGCAGACUCCGAGUGCAUUUAGCUGGGUUGAUCCCGAACUGCAGUGAUGCCUCCAGGCAGGUGGUAUACUGUCCAUCCAGCUCAGGCCCAGGCUUCAAGAGAGCGAGGGCGCCUUCAGAUGGUAAAGAAGGAAGAGGAUGAUGAUGAAGGCUAUACUUCAGUGCAGACUGCCAGGCCGCAGACACUUAACCGUCCUGGCCAGGAGCUGUUCCGCCAGCUCUUUAGGCAGCUUCGCUACCACGAGUCUUCUGGGCCCCUAGAAACUCUGAGCCGGCUCCGGGAACUCUGCCGCUGGUGGCUGAGGCCUGACGUCCUCUCCAAGCCUCAGAUCCUGGAGCUGCUGGUGUUGGAGCAGUUCCUGAGCAUCCUGCCUGGGGAGCUCCGGACCUGGGUGCAGCUGCAUCACCCUGAGAGUGGUGAGGAAGCUGUGGCCUUGCUGGAGGAGCUACAGAGGGACCUUGAUGGAACGCCGCGGAGGGACCCAGGCCCUGCCCAGAGCCCAGAUGUGCAUUGGAUGGGUACAGGAGCCCUGCGAUCUGCACAGAUAUGGCCCCCUGCUUCACCUCUCAGGAGCGACUCUGCUCUGGGGGACCACCUGGAGCUUCCCUGUGCAAUAGGAGUGUGUGACUUCCUGGCGGGGCAAUCCGAUCCUUCUGCUGCCCAGGUGUGUGCCCUUUCCCAGAGGGAAGGGAUCCCCCCAGAAAGCCCAGGAGAUGGGGUAAGGACCACCAGGUCCCUGACAGCUGAGCCCCAGGAGGCUAUGACAUUCAAAGAUGUGGAGGUGACCUUCUCCCAGGAUGAGUGGGGAUGGCUGGACUCGGCUCAGAGGAACCUCUAUAGGGAUGUGAUGCUGGAGAAUUAUGGGAACAUGGCUUCUCUGGUGGGACCAUUCUCCAAACCUGCUUUGAUCUCCUGGUUGGAAGCAAGGGAGCCAUGGGGCCUGAAUAUCCAGGCAGCAAAGCCUAAGAGGGAUCCAGGUGCUUCUCCUAAAGGGGGUAAGCUCCAGAUCGAGACAAACAAGCUCAUCCUAAAACAGGAACCAUUGGAAGAUGCAGAAACGUUCACUGUGCCAUCAGGCUGCCCUGGGACUAUUUCUGAGGGGUUGGGACUCAGAGUAUCUUUUGAACAGAAGAGCAGGCCCUGUGGAAAGAAGUACUGUGGAAACCCCACACAAGUGAAGGAUAAGAAGGAGGAGAUUGAUCUCAGUCAUAAGAUGGGAAAAGAAGCUGAAGUAUUAGGAAGAAGUAACAGUUUUGACCUAAAACAUGUUACAUAUUUGAGAGUUCCCAGGCGAAAACGAUCCCUUAAACAUGGCUGUGGCAGACAUUUUCGAAAAGGUUCACACAAUUAUGACUACAAGAAAUAUGGGAAGGGACUCAGACACCCUGUUGGGGGGUUUAGCCUACAUCCGAGAGUUCACGCUGGUCUGAAAGGGAAUGAGAAGGACACGUGUGGAAAAGGCUUCGGCCUUGGUGCUCAUCAUCAGCAUGAGCAGAGUCUUUACCUGGUGGGGGCCUUGUACAGGUGCCGGUACUGUGAGAGGACCUUCAGUCGUAGCUCCCAUCUUGCAUAUCAUCAGAGACUUCACACUCAGGAGAAGCCAUUUAAAUGUAGGGUGUGUGAGAAACCAUUCAGAUGGAGCUCGAACUGUGUGCGACAUGAGAAAAUCCACACCGGAGUAAAACCUUACAAAUGCAAUUUAUGUGAGAAAGCGUUCCAACGUGUGUCAGCCUACCGUCUGCACCAGGAAACCCACAUUAAGCAGAAAUUUGAACUGAAUCAGUAUGAGGAAGCUCUCCCCUACAGCUCAGGACUGGGUCACCAUUUGAGAGACCAGGGUGGGGAGAAACCCUUUGACUGCAGCCAGUGUAGGAAAUCCUUUCACUGUAAGUCCUAUGUGCUUGAACAUCAAAGGAUUCACACGCAGGAGAAACCUUAUAAAUGUUCCAAAUGUAGGAAAACCUUUCGAUGGAGAUCAAACUUCACUCGUCAUGUGAGGUUACACCAGGAGGAAGAGCUCUGUGCACAAAAGAAAUGUCGAGAAGACUUCAGACAGAACUGUAGUCCGCUCCCACUGACUACUGUGGCCCCCACUGUGGAGAAAACUUUUUCAUGUCAGCAGUGUGGGAAAACUUUUACUCAAAAGAAAACCCUCAGUGAGCACCAAAGAAUUCACACAGGCGAGAAACCAUACCAAUGCAGUGAGUGUGCAAAAGGAUUCACCUAUAGGUCGGCCUUCAUUGUUCAUAAGAAGCAACAUGCCAUUAAAAGAAAGCCUGAGGCAGGGCCGUCUGUGAGUCGGGACACAGUGCUCCAAGUUCCUCAGAGCAGCCACGUGAUGGAGGAGCCCUACAGAUGUGGGCAGUGUGGCAAAGACUUCCGCAAUCACUCGUUCCUUCUCAUCCAUCAGAGGAUUCACACCAGAGAGAAGCCUUACAAGUGCAGGGAGUGUGGGAAAGCCUUCAGAUGGAGCUCUAAUCUCUACCGACACCAGAGGCAGCACUCUCUGCACCAGCAGUAUGAGAGUCCUAAAAGUCACGAGACCCUAGAUCUGCAGCCCAAAGUCCUCCCUGAUCAGAAGCCUUUUUGGUGUCAAGAAUGUGGGAAAAGCUUUACACGUAAAAGAAGUCUUUUAGAUCACAAAGGAAUCCACAGUGGAGAGAAGCGCUACAAAUGCAAUUUGUGUGGGAAAUCUUAUGAUCGGAAUUAUCGUCUUGUUAAUCAUCAGAGGGUCCACACUACAGAGAGACCUUUUAAGUGUGAGUGGUGUGGGAAGGAUUUCAUUGGGAAACAUACACUUUCUGUUCAUCAGAGAAAACACAUUACUGCAGCACAGUCCGAAUGCAGCCAGCCGGGUUUGUCUUCCUGUCAGGACAUGGGGUUCAAUGUACAACAAUUUGAACCAAGGGAAGAGAAGCCCCUUGAGGAUUUUAAGGAGCCCUGUAACCAGAGCUCCAUGCUCACUGGACUUCACAGUGUGCCCCCUGAGAAAAAGUGCCACAAGUGUAACAUAUGUGGGAAAACAUAUAGCAAGAGUUCACACCUUGUUAGCCACAAGAGGUUUCAUACUCGCGAGAGGCCCUUCAAAUGCAGAGUGUGUGGGAAGACCUUCAGGUGGUCUUCAAAUUUGACUCGGCAUAUGAAAAACCACACUCAAGAUUAGCUUGGGGUUGUCAGUGACAGUGGGGUGGGGAGUGGUUCCUGACCACCCUGCUUGAGAACCCUCAAUUAUAGGCAGUGAGGGGGAAACCUUCACAAAGGACCCAGCCCUGUGUAUUUUGGAAACUACUGGCAGGGAAUCCUGAGGAUUUCAAAGCUCAGGGAAUUCCCAGCCUCCCUGCUGGGAAGUGCUACUAGGGAAUGGCACCACCAUGUUCUUUGGGACCUUCCUGGAGGCCUAGACCCCUAGUAAUCAUCUUUUGCACAAUAGCCUGGGGCUCCUCUAGCCAAGCCUCCUUUGACAACUCUAGCCAGAUCAUUGCCCUUUAUGGUUGAACAGCAUGCUUGUGAUCUGGUGGGCUGUGGCUGCUGGGAAGGAACCACUUGGAUCCUUGGUUUCUCUUUAGGUUUGGCUUGUGACCGUGCCUGUUCUGUUGACUUUCAAAGCAACAACCUGAGGAACUCAGAUGACUCCUUGGGAGUUCUGGCUGGGACUUCAGCUUCAUAGCUGAGUGUUUGGAUAUCCACUAGGGCCUAGAAUUGUCUCAGCAGCAGGUGGAGGAGAGCAGGGUGCUGGGUCCGAUUGCUUGAAGAAGGGAGCCCCCACCAGUGCCUCAUCAUCAUCAUCUCCACCCCACAGGCCUGCACAAGCAGCAGUGGUCCAUCAGUUCAGCAGAAAUGUCCUGAGCACCUCCCACAAGGCCAGGCAGUGACAGAACAGACAAAAGUCACCCAGCAGUAACUGGAACAGACAAAAAUCCUACUUUCUUGGAUCUUUACAGAUGAUAAACAGAUGAGAUGUGUAGUGUCCUGGAUGUGAUGUGUGUUAAGGACAGAGUAAAUCAGAGAAGAGUGAGAGCAAAUGCUGGAUUGGGAGGUGGGCUGUGAUUUGAAACAGGUGGGCCAGGGAGGGCCUCAACAGAGAAGGGGAGAAUCUCAGUUCCUGAAGGAGGCCAGGGAGCAAGCCAGGUGGAUCUCUAGGUUAGCUUCCAGGCAAAGGUAGUAGGAUCUUGACCCAAGUCCUCAGGGGACAGCAAGAAGGCUCCUGGAAUAGAGUAGAAUGAGCCAUGUGGGAGAGAAGGCCAGUGUGCAGAGAGGUGAUGGGCCAGGCUGUGUGUGCUUCACAGGUCAUUGCCAGGACUGGGGCUGCUCAGGGAGGUAUGAAGCCUUUGAGCAAUUGUGAGUUGAGGAAUGUGGUCUGAAUGUGAAUUCAUUCUGCAAGGGUUAACCACAGACCCAAGGACUCAGUGAAAUGGCUGAAAGGUUUUUAUGGAGUUGUUUCUGCGGGCAGUUUCCACGAAUGGGACUUUUUCUGACUUCUGUACGACCUCCAGCCGCAAGCACACGUGAACACUUAAGCUGCUGUGCUCAUGUCUCCAGACUCUGUGUGGUAGUCGCCCUCUCUUCCACAGCCCACCAUGUGUGUGCUCUGGUGCUGGUAUCAGGCUCAACACAAGAGUAACUGGGCAUGUACCUGCUGUCCUGAGGAAGAAGAGGGACAUGAUGGGGGAAGCACCUCCUCACUUGCCCACUUGCUGAUGUUGAAGCAGUAAGCAAGAAUCAUCUCAAUGACACAAAUGUGAAGGAGUGACAUUUCUAAAGUGUAUUUAAGUAAUUGUUUUGAAUUAUUGAAAAGCUCAGAUUACAAAUGUGAGGAUAAAAUGUCUCCAUUGUGGAGUGACAUCUCAGACUCCCUUUUACUGCUGUGCGUCAGGGCACACUGAUUGAGCAGGCCAUUUCUCAUAAUGAGAAGAAAACCACCUGGUACGUGUAUUUUUUGGUAGAGUACUGAGUCUUCUUAUACUCUGAAUUGCCAUGGGCAGGAGAAGAUGAAGAAUAAAAUUGUGUGGUGGUGGGUGGGUAGAGGCAGGUCAGGCAUCACUCAGUUUUCUGGUGCGAACUCAGCUUUGCCAUCUUGGCCCUGCCACCAUCUUGCCUGUCUACGAUAGCAGCUGCCCAUGGCCUGAAAUCCAGUGUUCUUCCUCUGGCACAGUGCCCAGGACUGGCGCUAGAUGUGACUGGGCAGGGGCCAGUUCAUGGGAAGGGCCUUGGAGUCAUCAGACCUGUGUUCCAGGCACCAGGCUUCAUGUACCUUCUGGCAGAAUGAUCAUGGGCAGGCUGGUGCACCUCCGCCUCAGUUUCCCCUUGUAUCCUGUAGUACCUGUCCUGUGUGGCUUGCUUCCUGGGCCUGGUAAAAGCGGCCCUGGGUAGGUGGAUGAAAUCUGGAACGAGAGCCCUCAGGGAGGUGCAUCUCAUGUCAUUUGGUGGCACAACCAUGGGAAGACCCCUUUUUUUCCUGAAUCACCUGGAGUUCUUAUUCCAAUAGGUGUUUUCACUGCUGUUUUUAUAGAAUGAAAUGUACUUAUUUUGAAACAUUCUGAUCAAAAUCUAAAACAUACAAGCAAUGACAUAAAAACUCAGAAUCCUUUAACAGUGAAGUAUUUGGGGAUUGUACUGAUGCAGUCUGUUCAGUAGCCUGGACUUGAAAAUUUUCUUGGUUCUUCAAUAUAUGAUCAUUACAGAAAUAUUAAUAAAAUCCUGACUUCUUAGAACUAACUACUAAACAUUUUGGUAAUCAGUGUCGGGUUUGACUCGGGCCCCUCCCUGCACACCCUAGACUUGCCUGCUUUGUGUAUCUCCCUUUACCCUGAGUGCCACACUUCUCUGUGCUGGUUCUUGUCUUUACUUUUGGGGGCCUGGCCCUCAUCCUAAAAAGGUCUCCCCAUCACCUCUUUUGGAGCUCAAGUUUUGCUCUGUUGGGUGUCAUCUGGUUUUCAGUCUGUCACUUCAGCCUGACCAAGUACUCUGGAGGCCAGGGUUGGGUGCUUAUUCAUUUGCCAUGCAGAGGAACUUUUCCACAAAAUUCCUCUGAAGGAAUCUAGAACCAAUGGGUUCAGCCAACUCAGGGGUAGAGUCUCUUAAAGGGGCCCUUGAGUGAAAUGUUGACAGGAAGCCACGCACAAGUACACACCUGAUGAGAAGCCCAGCUGUGUGGGUGGUUUUGAGCCACAGGGCUCCAGCUGAUAGUUUCUGAUGGUUUCAGCCAUCUUGAACCCCAGCCUGGUUGGAGAACAUGCAGACUUUCUCCAGCUUGGCCCUUCUCCACUUCCAUGAAGAACUGAAACUGGGGUUGGAGAAAGCUGGCUGGUCUGGGUCCAUCACAGAAAGGAGUAGGUGCCAGAAGAUGUUUUGUCCACUGUUUGGUGGUUAGCCUAACCCUUGGUGACAGAGACUGAGACUGGAUAGGUGUGUGCAGAGAAGAAAGCAUGAGAAAUAUAAAAUAUUACAAAUCGAAAGCCCAAGUAUGGGCAAGUGUGUGGAAAAACAAGUUCACACUGCUUUUGGUGACAACUACUGUGCCAAUCUUGUAAAGUAGUGAGUACUAUACUUCACAGCAGUCCCCCUCCUGGAUUUAUCCCAGAGGAACGCCAUGUGAAGAAAGUAAUGAGUGUCACACUCUUCAUUGCAGUGCGUUUAGGAAGCAGGAUUGGCAGAACCCUGCAUGCCAUCAACAGAACAGGUAAACAAAUGGGUUGCUUUUUGGUACUUUAGAAAGCGAAUAUGUAAGACGGUUAUAUCUUUCAACACAGAUAAAACCAUGCUAAGGCUGGGCAUGGUGGCACAUGCCUGUAAUGCCAACUACUUGGGAGGCUACUUGGGCAAUGCAGGAAGAUUACAAGUUCAAGCCCAGCCUGGACAACUUAGCAAGACCCUGCCUCAAAACUUAAAAUAAAAAGGGAUGGGAUGUAGCUCAGUGGUAGAUCGCCCCUGGGUACAAUACCCUCUACCACACACAUGUACACAAAAUGCUGAGAAAUGCAGAAGCUAUAUACAAUGUACCAUUUGUGUAAAGUUACUGUGUGUUCAUGAGCAAGUGCUUCCAUUGGUUUGUGUUUUUCUGUAAUGGGGAAAGUAGUGCUAACCUCACAGUGUUUGGGAUGGGAGGGCAGUUAAUGAACUAAUGCAUGUAAAAUGCUUAAAAUAUUGUCUGGCAUGUAAGUAUUCUUGAUAUGUAAUAGUAUUAUUUUGCACAAUCUAUUUCUUGUGGAUUCAAACGACAUGAAAUAGGAGUGUAAAAUCAUGAAUUGUAAUGAUGUGUGCAAAUCACUGCCCUGCCUUUCCAGGACAGGAGAUGCUGAUGGAAUUGAGGAGGGCACAUGGGGACUCCACUUGUGUGUUCUCUCUUUCUAAAAAUGGAUGCAGAUGCAUCAGAAUGCUAAGGUUUAAUAGGAUAAUGUGGUGGUUUCUUUUUAACUGUUGCUUAAAUAUGUAUCAAAAUAAAACAGUUUAAAGCAUGGGCUCUGA